AUGGAACAAGAGCAUGAAACAACUCGCACAUGGAUUUUCUUGAUCAAAAUAUAUCUUGUCUUUAUCACGAGUUAUUUUUCUUGGUUGACAAUAUUUGUUGUUUUGUUGAUAUUCGUGAAUUCUUUAGUUUUCUUUUUUUCUCAUAAAGAAAAUAAGAUGUGAUGGUAUACUAUUUAUAUAUACUUAUUAGAAGUCCUUUUAAUAACCUAUGUAUUCUGUUAUCAUUUUCAAUUGAACAAUCCAUUAAUCUAAUUGAAAGAAGAUUACAAAUGAAUAGAUAUUUUUUAUUUGCACUGGAGAUUGGGAAUCAAUAGACUUUCCAUAGGACCAAUUUUACUGACAGGAUUUAUCACUACUUUAAUUACCUUGGCAGCUUGAUCAGUUAUGCGAAAUUCGUGACUGUUCUAUUUCCUGAUGUUAGCAAUGUACAGCAAUCAAAUAGGAUCAUUUUCUUCUCAAGACCUUUUACUUUUUUUCACCAUGUGGGAGUUUGAAUUAAUUUCUGUUUACUUACUUUUAUCCAUGUGGGGAGGAAAAAAAAUGCUCUACUCAGCAACAAAGUUUAUUUUGUACACAGCAGGGAGUUCUAUUUUUCUCUUAAUAUGAGUUUUAGGUAUGGAUUUAUAUGGUUCCAAUGAACCAACAUUAGAUUUUGAAAGAUUAGCUAAUCAAUCAUCUUGUGGCAUUGAAAUAAUAUUAUAUUUUAGUUUUUUUAUUGUUUAUGCUGUCAAAUCGUCGAUUAUACCCUUGCAUACAUAGUUACCAAAUACCUAUGGAAAAGUACAUUACAAUAUAUGUAUGCUUCUAGCUGGAUUCUUAUUAAAAAUGGGAGCAUAUGAAUUAAUUCGGAUCAAUAUGGAAUUAUUACCCCACGCUCAUUCUAUAUUUCCUCCCUAGUUGAUAAUAGUUAGAAUAAUGCAAAUAAUCUAUACAGCUUUAAUAUCUCUCGGUCAAAUGAAUUUUAAAAAGAGAAUAGUCUAUUCCUCUGUAUCGCACAUGGGUUUUAUCAUUAUAGGAAGUGGUUCUAUAACCAACAUGGGACUCAAUGGAGCCAUUUUACAAAUACUCUCUCAUGGAUUUAUUAGUGCUGUAUUUUUUUAUUGAAAUAAAAUAGCACAAAAACCUGGCACAUAAGUAUUUGAAAUAGCUUGGAUAGAAAGGUUAGUAAUGUUG